CAGCAAUACCGUCCCUUCCAAGGUUAGCAGCUCUUCUCACCCCUAGCAUCUCUUGGGCAAAUCCUGCUGUAAUCCAGACAGGAUAAUCUUGAGCAACAGCCAUGGCCACGGAUGACGACUAUGUCUUCACUCGAGACCUCCUCGACAACAGCCGCCUCAACUUGAUGCAUUAUUUAUGGGUGAACGAUUUUGGGUACCUGAUUCACCCAAGAAUCCCUACCAAGGACGCCAACCUCAAAGUAGCGGAUAUCGGCUCCGGCACGGGAAUCUGGCUGCUGGAUGCACGGGACCGGCUCCCGAAAUCGUCCCAGCUCGUUGGCCUCGACAUCUCUUUUGAUGCAGCGCCGCCCCCCGAGGCUUUUCCUGCUAAUAUCACGUUUCAGAAGUGGGAUGUUCGUGAUCCUAUUCCUGACGAGUUUUGUUGCACCUUUGAUAUCAUCAAUGUCCGCUUCAUGGUAUUUGUCGUGCGCAAGGAAGAGGUUCCAUUGGUGGUAGAUAAAUUCAUCCAAAUGCUGAAACCGGGUGGCUUUCUGCAAUGGGUAGAGCCAGAUAACCAGACCGUGCACGGAGAACUCACUAAAUCAGUCAACAAAAAAACAAGCAUCGAAGAGCUCAUGAGCCUCCUGCAGUCCCAAGACCCGCGGCUGAACCCUAAGUGGGUACCUGAUCUUCCCGAUGUCUUCUCGGAUCGUGGUCUCUCAGACGUUGAUGCGGACGUGCAUACCACCCCGCCACAUUGGGGUUACUUAAUGCACGAGUGUGGCCUCAUCAUGCACGAACUCAUCGCGCGGAAGACCCAAAAUGAGCAUAUGGCGGCUGAACUGAAGAGGCUACUACCUCUGGCGGUGGAGGAAACAAAGAAGGGAGCUUACUUGGCCACUACCAAGUACGUUGUCACGGGAAGGAAAACUUGAAAGCAAUUUGGGGCAAAAUGGCUUGGGUUCAGUUUCCCGAGAAAUGUUUACCAUUCAAAUGUGCAGAUAUCUGGAAGUAUCUCGUUCAUUGUGGAUUAAGCUCUAAAACUGCUACAAAUUCCUCUUCA